CAGUAUUGUGGCUGCAACAGAAACGUUUUUGCGACUCAAGGAUUUUACAUCGAAAGGCUUGCAAGGGGUACUGGCGCUGGAAGACCCGCCCCCCCAUGUUCCCCUUGACCAUGUGUAGGGAUCAGAUCCGUUUUAUUGAUUUAUUUUUAACAGAAAAGCUGUAAGAUUUAUUUAUUUAAUUUUUGUAGUUUUGGGGGGGGAAUCCUGUUUCCGACCCGCAUAGUAUGUGGCGGGAUGCACAUUACAUUGUGUGAUCGGCAAUAUACCAGGCAUAGAAGAAGCGGUACUCUUUAAUUUCUUUCUAAAGAAGAAGAAGAAGAAGAAGAAGCAGCAGCCACCGGAAAUGAGUAUUUCCUUGCGAUCAGUUCAAAUUUGAGCAUGGCAAUGAGGGCAUUUCCACGAGUUCGACUGAUUUAAGAUUCAUAUAUGCUUAAAACGUUAAUAUGGACAGCGGGACAUACUCAUCCUGCUCCUCUCCUUUGAUGCUGGAAGUAGCACUUGGACUGAUCUUCAUGUGAGCACAGGCGCAGAAGAAAAGCUAGAGAAGACAAGUUUUUGUAUCUCUGGCGAGUUGAUUUGCAUCUAAAAGCGCCAGAAUUGCUUUGGCGAGCCGCCUGCCUGCUGAGUACUCGUUGCUAAUUGGGGAUUGUGAGAAAUGUGAACAGUAACCAGCUGGCAAGUCAUCAUUUACCAAACUGACUAUUGCCUUGUUUACCACAUGAGUAGGAAAAAAUGAGUCCAGAGAGGGAAACGUUGUUGGAUGACAUAGCACUGAGUUUAUGGACUUUAACUGAGGAUAAUUUACGUUACCUAUGUGAGCGGUGUGGAAUAUGUGGCAGAGAUGGGUCUGAAGUCAAAGGAGAGAGUAGACGCUCACUGCGUCGUAAAAAUACUGGAGGAUUAUUGUGAGAAUGCUGAUUUAACAGAAUCAGAGGAACAAGGAAUGUCUCGCUUACUACAACUGAAAGAAGACAUCACCGAAAUAGAGGAAGAGGCUAACAUUGUCCCCACGAGUCCCAGCCAAUCAGCGACAGCGGGCACCUCACAAGCAUGCUGCCAUGGAGAACAGAAUGAAGAGGGAGGGGGUUGGUUUCCCAGCAGGAAGCUGGAGGCAGAGCCAGUUCCACAUUUGGCUCAUUAAACCAGAGCAGAGGGCGAGAGUGAGAGGGAACAGUGAAGAUGAACCCAACUCGCCUCUUUCUUUCAAGUCUGAGACCAAAUGUACAGAGUCACUGGGUCCUGGUUGUGACGGUGGGCAGCAGGCUCCAGAGAUGGCGUCUUGGCAGACUCUAAAGAAGUUAACAGUGCUGCUGGAGGACUGCAGGUUUAUGCCGGGCCAGAGAGUCAACAUCAAAGUAGAAGAGGAGGAGAUGACUUCUGUCCUCGCUGAUCAUGGAAAGAGCUCUGAGUCCUCAAGACCCCAAGACAAUAGAUCUCCUCACAGUUCUCAACGUGAGAAGAGCUCCACAAAACAAUCACGUCUUAAACGGCACCUGCACUCUGGAGAGACGCCGUCCCACUGUUCAGGUAGCAAAGAAAGUGUCUCUACUGUGACAUUGUCAAAGAGACCCAAGACAGUCCAUCCUAAAGAGAAGCGUCAGAACUGCUCUGACUGCGGGAGAAGUUUCUCUUCAGCAGGAUGUAUCAGGAAACGCAUGCCGUUGUUCCAUUCAGGAGAGAAACCCUUCCACUGCCUAGAGUGUAGUAAGAAGUACACUAGAUCAGAUCAGUUGAAAGAUCAUAUGGUUAUAUGCUCUGGUGUGAGACCUUACCAAUGCCCUGACUGUGAAAAACAAUGUCAAGAAGUAUCACAUGCUGUAGUAAAAAGUUCUGAUCCUAAUCAUGUGUUAGUACAUUCUGGAGAGAAAUUGUAUAAAUACCCUUACUGUGAGAAGACUUUCACAGCAUCAGACCAUACUCAACAGCUGUACACACACACUGGAGAGACACCUUACUGUUGUUCAGAUUGUAAUUCAUAUUUCGUUAAUGCAUUACAAUUUAAGAGACAUAAGCAAGAGCACACUGGAGAGAAGCCUCACGUCUGCUCCAAAUGUGAUCUUUGUUUCUUUAUAGAAGAGGACUUAAAAGCACAUGAAAUGAUUCACACAGAGAAGCUUCACCCCUGUUCUGACUGUGGGCGAACAUUUUCUACAGCGCGGUAUUUAACUAAACACAAGCGGAUACAUUUAGGGAUUAAGCCUUUCUGCUGCACCCAAUGUGACAAAGGGUACACCAAUUCAGAUCAGUUAAAAGUUCAUAUGAUGACGCAUACUGGGGUGCGGCCUUACCAAUGUGGUCAAUGUAAGAAGAGUUUUAAAACCAAGCCGCAUCUUAAAUACCACCUGUUAAUUCAUGAGGUAGGGAUGUUUCACCACUGCCCUGACUGUGAUCAAAGGUUCUCUGCUGAGGAAACUUUAAAGGAACACAUGCAGUUACACAUGGGAGAGAAACCUUUCCACUGUCUGCAAUGUGAGAAGAGGUACAGUACUUCAGAUGGAUUGAAAGAACAUAUGGUGACCCAUACUGAUGCUGUUGGGUCACCAAGUACCAGAAAUGUAGAAGAACAAUGUCAGGAAAUACAUGCUGUUGAAAAAAGUUCCAAUAUUAAUCAACACCUGCAUGAACAUUCUGUAGAGAACCCUCACCCUCAUCAGUGUCCUCACUGUGAGAAGGGUUUCUCAAAACAAUCCUAUCUUAAAGAACACUUGCUUUUACACGCUUGUGAGAUACCUUACCGGUGUAAGAAAAGUUAUCCGACUUCCAGAAAAUUAAAAGAUCAUCAGGCAAACUCGCAUAUAGAAAGGCCUUCUAUUUGUUCUGACUGUGGAAAGAGCUUUGCUCAACUACGCAGCCUUACUAGGCACCAGCAAAUACACACUGGGGAAAAGCCUCACCAGUGCCCCAUCUGUGAGAAGAGUUUCUACAGAAAAUCUAAUCUUCAACAACACUUGGCAGUACAUGCUGGCAAGAAACCUUACCAGUGCUCUCAUUGUGAGAAGAAUUUCUCAAGACAAUUACAACUUAAGAUACAUAUGUACUCACACACUGGAGAGCAAACUUACCACUGUGCCGAUUGUAAUUCAUUUUUCCUUUAUGCAUUACAAUUUAAGAGACACAUGCAAGAGCACACUGGAGAGAAGCCUCACCUCUGCUCUGACUGUGGUCUAACCUUUCAUAUAGAAGAGGACUUAAAAGCACAUGAAAGGAUUCACAGAGGAGAGAAGCCUCAUCACUGCUCUGACUGUGGGCGAAAUUUCUCCUCAGCAGGAUGCUUAAAUCAACACAAGCUCUUACAUCUGGGACAUAAAUCUUUCCAAUGUGAGCAAUGUGAUAAGAAGUUCUCAAGAUCAGUUCAGUUGAAAGUUCAUAUGUCAAGACAUACUGGAGAGAAACCAUAUCAAUGUUCUGAAUGUGAUAAAAGUUAUUGUCUUUCCAACCUCUUACAAAAACAUCAGAGUAUAACACACAGGGGAGAAAAACCUUACCUUUGCUCUGACUGUGGAAAGUGUUUUGGUUACCGACACCAACUCAUAGUCCACCAGCGAAUGCACACUGGGGAAAAGCCUUUUGUCUGCUCUGAGUGUGGAAAACAGUAUUCCAAUACAUGUGGCUUGAAAAUACAUCAGCGAACACAUACUGGAGAGAAACCGUACCAAUGUCCUGACUGUGAUCAAUGUUUCAUCAGGGUAGAUUCCCUUAAACACCAUCAAUCAUUGACGCAUACAGGGAAGUGGCCUUUCAACUGCAUUAUUUGUGGAAAAGGUUUUUCGUCUAGCUGUGAGCUAAAAGGCCACAUGCGCAGUCAUAGUGGCGAUAAGCCUUAUCAAUGCCCCGUCUGUGAGAAGCGUUUCACGCUCGCGGGAACAUGUCGAAAACACCAGAAAACUCACACCGUGAGAGAGAAACCUCAUGCCUGUACUGAAUGCGAAAAGAGUUUCGUAAAUGCACAAAGACUAAAGGUACAUAAGAGAGUACAUACUGGUGAGAAGCCAUACCACUGCUCUGACUGUGGGAAGAACUUCACUCAAUUGACAAGCUUAAAUAGGCACAAGGUCAAACAACACAAAAGGACAUAGAAGAAAGCCGACUGCCUCCCGAGUGGCGCGGUGGUCUAAGGCACUGCAGUGCUAGCUGUGCCACUAGAGAUUCUGUGUUCGAGUCCAGGCUCUGUCGCAGCCGGCCGCGACCGGGACACCCAUGGGGCGGCGCACAAUUUGGCCCAGCGUCGUCCGGGUUAGGGGAGGGUUUCACCGGCAGGGAUAUCCUUGUCCCAUCGCGCACUAGCGACUCCUGUGGCGGACCGGGCACAGUGCACACUGACACGAUCGCCUGGUGUACAGUGUUUCCUCCGACACAUUGGUGCGGCUGACUUCUGGUUUAUGUGGGCAUUGUGUCAAGAAGCAGUGCGGUUGGGUUGUGUUUCGUAGGAUGCAUGGCUCUCGACCUUCGCCUCUCCUGAGUCUGUACGGAUGAGACGACUGUAACUACCAAUUGGCUACUACAAAAAAGGGGGGGGAGAGACUGAACAUGGCCAAGGAAAAUAUCACUGUACUGCUACCAUCCUUCAGAAGGUAUUCCCACUCCUUGACCUUUUUCCACAUUUUGUGUUACAGCCUGAAUUUAAAAAUUGAUUAACUUGAGACUUUUUGACACUGGCUCCAUGUCAGUGGAAAUAUGUUUAGGGACAUUUUUACUUUCAUAAAACAUGAAAAGCUGAAAUGUCUUGAGUCAAUCAUAUUCAACCUUUUUUUUUAUGGCAAGUCUAAAUAAGUUCAGGAGGAAACAUGUGCUGAAGUUGCAUGGACUCACUUUGUGUGCAAUAAUAAUAGUGUUUAACAUGUUUUUGGAAUGACUACCUCAUCUCUCUACCCCACACAUACAAGUAUCUGUAAGGGCCCUUUGUCGAGCAGUGAAUUUCAAACCCAGAUUCAACUACGAAGACCUGGGAGGUUGAUCGAUGGGUUAAAAACAACAACAACAUGUUUGAUUCCUUUGAGCAUGGUGAAGUAUCAAUACAUCCAGGCAUUGGGUGUGGAAAAUAUAUUCAAUCCAUUUAAAAAAAUGUAGGCUUUAACAAAAUGUGGAAUAAGUCAUGGGUAUAUGAAUACUUUCUGAAAGUACUCAAUAUGGACUUCAACUUUUUUACCUUGUUUACAGUACCUUUGGUACUACCUAACCUGCACACCAACGAUGUUGUUUUGUAUGCUAUUGCUUCCACGGUUGACGAGGCUAUAUCUGAACUACAGGAAACUUUAUUGACCUGAAAUUAGUAUUGGAUGUAGCUAAAACAAAGUAUACUGUAUGUUCUAUAGAGUGCCUUCAAAUACUUCAUGAUUUAAAUCAUAUGUACUUUGGAUGGUGCCCAUAUUGAUUGUGUCUCUGCUUACAAAUAUUGGGGCAUCUGGAUAGAUAAAAAUCUCUUUCAAUAUAAAGCAUAUUGACGAUUAAGAAGCUGAGAAUAUAUUUUUUUAUAAGUAGGUCAUGCCUCUCACUAAAUAGUAGAAAGCUGAUCGUUCAGUCGAUGUUCCUACCGGUCCUAGACUAUGGCAACAUCUUCUAUAUGAACGCAGCUGCCACUUCAUUAAAGCCGUUAGAUGCAGUUUAUCAUAGUUGCUUUAUUACGGGUGACAGGUUUAGUACUCAUCACUGCGUUCUCUACCAGAAAGAUGGUUGGUCCUCUUUGCUGUCACAUAGGUUGAUGUAUUUCUGUGUUUUCAUUUGUAAAGUCCCAUUUUUUACAAAAAGUCCCACUGUACCAAACACAAUUACUAACCUUAAGACCUACAGAGUUACUAAACCCAGUCUCAGGGAUGGUUAACUCUGGGCAUUCCUUUGGUCUCUACAGCUUUCUGAUUUCUAUAUAUUUAAAAAAAAAUUGCACUGUGUUCUACAAAUAAUCUUCACGAUGUUAGAAAAUGUGAUUUAAAAUAAAAAAUGUCAUUCAUAAAGCUGUUUUUUUUUUAUUUUUUUUUUAAUUAAAAUUUUUUUGAGGACCUUUUUAUUACUGAUGAAUGUGUUUCUUUUAUGACCAUGUUUUUCUUUCUGCUUGCAUUCUGUUUUGUAUUUUCGUGUGUAUAUUCUGUAAUUCAGGGCUCAUCUGUAGAAGACACCUUGGUCUCAGUAUGACUACCUGAUUAAAAACAAAAUGUGUAGUUAGCAUGUGAAGGUAAGGUGAGUUAGUCAUCACAGUGAAGACACUGUAGUCUGCAUAAAAAGGAGAAUAUGUAAAGAUUAACUACGUGAUGUAACGACGAUUAACUCCAUGACGUAAGGAUAAGUUACAGGACUCAUUUUAUCUACAGCUCGAAUGUAUUCAGGCUAACCCCUUCAGAAUGCAGUCUUUUUUUAUUUUCUUCAACUGAUAAAGCUGAUUUGACUAAGCUAAGGCCAAGCUAAAUUUAUUUUCCACCUGACCUACUGCAACACUAAAGAAUGCAAAUAAAAUGUAGCUCUUAAAUGUA